CUGCCCGGUCAGGCUUAUCAACCCUUAUUUAAUACCAUAACAUCGGACAUUCCAUCCCACCUCUAUAUACGCCCAAGAUUGUAUACCUUUGAACAUCCACUUCGACAGUCACUGCGGACCGACCUCUGAACCACUCGAACAAGCGCCAACGACGACGCAAUGCCCACCUCGAAGCUCCGAAUCCUCUGCUUCGGCGACUCCCUCACCGAGGGCUACUCCGGCUGGGGCUCCAGCUUCACCCCCUACAGCACCAAACUCGAAGAGAUGCUGCGCAUGGCGUUUCCCGAUGUCGACGUGGAGAUAGUAACAGACGGGCUGUCGGGUGAUUUGGUGACAGGCAGCGGGGAGUUCCUGGAAAGGAUGCAAUCACACUUCGCCCCAAGGAACCCAACAGACUACAAACCGUUCGACUGGGCCAUCGUGCUCGGCGGAACCAAUGAUCUCGGCAGUAACAUCCACCACGAACAAAUCUUCGAAACUCUCACACAGAUCUGGGACUUGGCCCUAAGCCGCAAAUGCAAGGUCCUCGCCCUCACUGUUCCCGAGAUCGAACUUUCCGCGGGGAAAAUGAAGGACCUACUGGACUUUAGGAGGAACGAGUUGAACCAGAUGAUCAAGACCUACAAGAAGCCCAACUACUACACCUUCGACCUCCACGCCGCCUUCCCCUUCUACGCCAUGUCCGAAGCCGACCGGGAACACUACUGGGACGACAGCCUCCACUUCACGCCCGCGGGCUACGAUCGGAUGGGAAACAAAAUCGGCGUCACGUUCGUCAGCAUACUUGUGAGAGAAUUUUCGGACAACGACCGGACGCCGAUGGGCAGGAAGAGGAGGAUGUUCAAGGACGACGAGAAGGUGUUUGAGGAAGAGGAGGACCCGGCUGAGCCGACGGCGUUGGGGCUCGAUAAGGGGUAUAUCGUUGUUCGUAGGAGAGAUUUGGAUUAACCUUACUGCGCCAUUCA